AUGGGGAGGGAGAGGAUAGGUACAAGGGGAGGGAUUGGAGAGGCACAUGGGGAGGGGACUGGAAAGAUGGCAAGAUCGAGGGAGAGGAGGUGCAUGGGGGAAGCAUUGGGGAUGGAGGGGGGAAGUAGGGAGGAGGGAGAGGGAAAACAGGGAGGAGGGAGGGGGGAAGCAGGGAGGCGAGAGAGGGGAAGCAGGGGGGAGGGAGGGUGGAAGCAGGUGUGGCAAAGGAGAAUAGACUGGGGGGUAAGCAGAGCUGGUGGGAGGAAGGGAGGUUGGGAGGGGGGAAGCAGGGAGGUGGGAGUGGGGAAAGAGGGAUAUAUGUGGGUUGCACGGAGGUCGGUCUGUGGGGGGAACGGGGGGUUGCAGGUUGAGGGGAUGGAGGUGGGAAUGUGGGGGGAAAGGAGGCGGGCAAGUGGGGGGAAUGCUGGUGGUGUGUGGGGGGGAAGGGGGGCGGGCAAGUGGGGGGAAUGCUGGUGGUGUGUGGGGGGGAAGGGGGGCGGACAAGUGGGGGGAAUGCUGGUGGUGUGUGGGGGGGAAGGGGGGCGGACAAGUGGGGGGAAUGCUGGUGGUGUGUGGGGGGGAAGGGGGGCGGGCAAGUGGGGGGAAUGCUGGUGGUGUGUGGGGGGGAAGGGGGGCGGACAAGUGGGGGGGAUCCUGGUGGUGCGUGGUGGGCAAAGGAGGCGGGCAAGUGGGGGGAAUGCUGGUGGUGUGUGGGAGGGAAGGGGGGCGGACAAGUGGGGGGGAUCCUGGUGGUGCGUGGAGGGCAAAGGAGGCGGGCAAGUGGGGGGAAUGCUGGUGGUGUGUGGGGGGGAAGGGGGGCGGACAAGUGGGGGGGAUCCUGGUGGUGCGUGGUGGGCAAAGGAGGCGGGCAAGUGGGGGGAAUGCUGGUGGUGUGUGGGAGGGAAGGGGGGCGGACAAGUGGGGGGGAUCCUGGUGGUGCGUGGUGGGCAAAGGAGGCGGGCAAGUGGGGGGAAUGCUGGUGGUGUGUGGGGGGGAAGGGGGGCGGACAAGUGGGGGGGAUCCUGGUGGUGCGUGGUGGGCAAAGGAGGCGGGCAAGUGGGGGGAAUGCUGGUGGUGUGUGGGGGGGAAGGGGGGCGGGCAAGUGGGGGGAAUGCUGGUGGUGUGUGGGGGGGAAGGGGGGCGGACAAGUGGGGGGGAUCCUGGUGGUGCGUGGUGGGCAAAGGAGGCGGGCAAGUGGGGGGAAUGCUGGUGGUGUGUGGUGGCCUUCGCUACCGACGGGGAGUGGCGACUUGGGUAGACAUGCGGAAUAAGGGGAAGUGCGUGUGGAUGGGCGAAACAGAUGCGACAACGGGUGGCGAGGGCGUUGAGGAGCAACGCAAGCGACGACGGAAGAGUGAGGGAGAUUCGGGGAAGCAGGGAAGGGGAUGGGGGGAAGCAGGGAAAGGGAUGGGGGGAAGCGGGGAAAGGGAUGGGGGGAAGCAGGGAAGGGGAUGGGGGGAAGCAGGGAAGGGGGUGGGGGGAAGCAGGGAAGGGGACGGGGGGAAGCAGGGAAGGGGAUUGGGGGACGCAGGGAAGGGGAUGGGGGGAAGCAGGGAAAGGGAUGGGGGGAAGCAAGGAAGGGGAUGGGGGGAAGCAGGGAAGGGGAUGGGGGGAAGCAGGGAAGGGGACGGGGGGAAGCAGGGAAGGGGAUUGGGGGACGCAGGGAAGGGGAUGGGGGGAAGCAGGGAAGGGGAUGGGGGGAAGCAGGGAAGGGGAUGGGGGGAAGCAGGGAAAGGGAUGGGGGGAAGCAGGGAAGGGGAUGGGGGGAAGCAGGGAAGGGGGUGGGGGGAAGCAGGGAAGGGGACGGGGGGAAGCAGGGAAGGGGAUUGGGGGACGCAGGGAAGGGGAUGGGGGGAAGCAGGGAAAGGGAUGGGGGGAAGCAAGGAAGGGGAUGGGGGGAAGCAGGGAAGGGGAUGGGGGGAAGCAGGGAAGGGGACGGGGGGAAGCAGGGAAGGGGAUUGGGGGACGCAGGGAAGGGGAUGGGGGGAAGCAGGGAAGGGGAUGGGGGGAAGCAGGGAAGGGGAUGGGGGGAAGCAGGGAAGGGGAUGGGGGGAAGCGGGGAAGGGGAUGGGGGUAAGCAGGGAAGGGGAUGGGGGGAAGCAGGGAAGGGGAUGGGGGGAAGCAGGGAAGGGGAUGGGGGGAAGCGGGGAAGGGGAUGGGGGGAAGCAGGGAAGGGGAUGGGGGGAAGCAGGGAAGGGGAUGGGGGGAAGCAGGGAAGGGGAUGGGGGGAAGCAGGGAAAGGGAUGGGGGGAAGCAGGGAAGGGGAUGGGAGUGUCGGUUCCCUCGCCCGUCGCUCUCGCUUCCCCCGCCUACUACCCUCGCCUCGCCUGUCGCCCUCGCCGCUUCCCCGCCCGUCGCCCUCGCUUCCGCCCGUCACCGCCCAUCACCCUCCCUUCCGCCCGUCACCCUCCCUUCCACCCGUCGCCCUCCCUUCCGCCCGCCGCCCUUCCUUCCCCUCGUCGCGCUUCCUUCCGCCCGUCGCCCUCCCUUCGUCUCGUCGCCCUCCCUUCGUCUCGUCGCCCUCCCUUCCUCCCGUUGCCUUCCCGUCCGCCCGCCGCCCUUCUUUUCCCUCGUCGCGCUCCCUUCCCCCCGUUGCCCCCCUUCGUCUCGUCGCCUCUCUGUCGCUCGUCGCCCUCCUUCCCGCUCGUCCCCUCGCAAUCCCCGUCUCUCUCUCCCCCCGUCGCCCUCUCUUUCCCCGUCGCCCUCCCAUCCACUCCUUGUCCUCGCCAUCCCUCCCUUCUCCCUUCUCAUCUCGCACACUUCUCUCUCCCCGGCAUCUCCCUCGCUCCCCACGUCCUCUUCCCUGCUUCCCCCCAUCCCCUUCCGUGCUUCUCUCCAUCCCCUUCCGUGCUUCCCCCCAUCCCCUUCCGUGCUUCCCCCCAUCCCCUUCCCUGCUUCCCCCCAUCCCCUUCCCUGCUUCCCCCCAUCCCCUUCCGUGCUUCCCCCCAUCCCCUUCCGUGCUUCCCCCCAUCCCCUUCCGUGCUUCCCCCAAUCCCCUUCCGUGCUUCCCCCCAUCCCCUUCCGUGCUUCCCCCCAUCCCCUUCCGUGCUUCCCCCCAUCCCCUUCCGUGCUUCCCCCCGUCCCCUUCCGUGCUUCCCCCCAUCCCCUUCCCUGCUUCCCCCCAUCCCCUUCCCUGCUUCCCCCCAUCCCCUUCCCUGCUUCCCCCCAUCGCCUUCCCUGCUUCCCCCCAUCCCCUUCCCUGCUUCCCCCCAUCCCCUUCCCUGCUUCCUCCAUCCUCUCGCACUCUCACUCUCCUUCCCCCACCCUCUGCCCUGUUCCCACCUAGGAAACCCCAUCCCUGCCUUUUCCUCCCACCCUCCUUCCCCCACUCUCCCUCCUCCUGCACUCUCUCCCUCCGUCCUCUCGCACUCUCACUCUCCUGCACCCUCUGCCCUGUUCCCACGUGCCCUCCCCAUCCCUGCCUUUUCCUCCCUGCUCCGCCCUUCCUUCCCCCAGCCGUUCACAACCCUUCCCUUCCUUUUCAUGCCCUACCCUUCCCCCUCACUCCUCACCUUCCGCCCUCUAAUACCCAUGCAUGUGCACCCAGUAGUGUCUCCCCAUACAUGCUUUCAUUAUGUGCGCUUGUGUGUAUUCCCCUGCCGUUGUUCCCUUGCACCUCACUCCACCUCCCCCAUGUUUCUUCACACGAAACUUUCUGCCUACUCCAAUCUCCCCUAUUUUUCAGUGGUGAAGCAGAGGAGCAAGCUGAGGCGCAGCUAG